AUGGGGCAUGCUGGGCGACAGUUCCAAGCCCUGUUCUGGAAGAACUGGCUUUGCAGACUGCGGCACCCAGUUCUCUCCCUUGCCGAAUUCUUCUGGCCUUGUAUUCUCUUCAUGAUUCUGACAGUGCUUCGUUUUCAAGAACCCCCCAGACACAGAGAUAGCUGUUACUUGCAAGCCCGGGAUCUUCCCAGCCAGGGUGUUUUCCCUUUUGUUAAAGGACUGCUUUGUAACACUGGCUCAAGUUGUAGGAACAUCAGCUUUGAGAGUUCCAUGGAUCACCAUUUUCGUUUGUCUAGGUUCCAAAGUGCAACCCAUGACAGCAAAGUCAGUAGCCUGGUCUUUUUAAAAGAGCUACAGGACCUGGCUGAGGACAUUUUUGAAACAAUGGACAAGGCAAAGAGCUUACAAAACCUCUGGCUGAAAAGAUCAGAAACCCCAGGUUCCUCUUAUGGCUCCAGUUUUUUAACAAUGGAUCUCAAUAAAACUGAGGAUGUGAUAUCAAAAUUGGAAAGCCUCCACCAGCAACCUCAUAUUUGGGAUUUUCUUCAUUCACUUCCCAGACUGCACACAACCAAUGCUCACUUGGAAGACAGCAUAGAUGCCAUGGCACACUUUCUCCAGGCAGGUUUAAAUUCGUUAACUUCUCUGGGAGAUUUGGAUUGGCUACCAUUGCACCAGACAAUCCCUCAGGUUUCUAGACAUGUUCUGAAUGUGACCAUCUCCACCCUGAGGUUUCUGCUGCAGCACAGAGUAGCUGUCAAUGAGUCCAUUUACCACCUAUCCCUGCAGAAUAUGGUAUGGGAUCCACAGAAAGUCCAAUCUGAUCUCAAAUCUCAAUUUGGUUUCAAUGACCAUCAAAUGGAACAUAUCCUGAAUUAUUCAGCUGAGCUGAAAGAGAUUCCUACACACAGCAUCCUCAAGAGGAUGAUAUGUUUCAUCUUGUCCAACACUUCUGAGGAUGAAGCCUCGAGCAAGGGCUACCAGGCAGACUGUCAUCCCAAGUGGUCAGCAGUACAGAACUAUAUCAUCCAUGCAGUCAGUUGGCUGAAACUCUAUGCACAGGUGUUUGACCAGUGGCAGCAGGGUGGUCUGCUGCAGAACCUGCUUGCAGGUGCCAGUCACAGCCUGGCAGCUCUUAGGGACCAGUUUAAAGAGGGAAGUGAACCACGGAAGGUGGUGGAAGCCCUGCACACUGCCCUUCUCAUCCUGAGCGACAGCUUGGCAGCAGAUGGCCCCAGAGACAGCCAUCUGUUUGCACAGAUACUCCAGCAUCUAAGCAAGUUACAAGGUGUGGUGUCAGACCUAUCUCCAUGGCCAGUUCUGAAGAGACUGCCCCUGCUGGAUACUGUUCUCAGGAAUGUGGUGACCCAGGACUUGCGUUUUGUCCAAGGAGCCCUCAGUUACCUGGAGACAUCAGCAAAGGAUUUUGUACCUGGUGGACCCGACAGCUGGAGACUAGAAAAAGAUGUGUUCUUCUGGGGGCUAAAGCAGCUGUUGACAAAGAAGGCUUCUGCCACGUGCCUGAAUGGACACUUGUCCCAGGAGGUGGCCCUCCACACUGGGAAUGCCAGCAUCUGGAGAAGUCUUUGGGGAGUGCUGUGCCAUGUCCCUUCCGUCAAUGAGACCAGUGUUUUACAUGAGCUGCUUCAUGAAGUGAAAGAUGCUGGUCAUAGUUUGCAAGAGAUCAUUGCGGGACACACAGAUGGAACAGUUUCAGAACAAUUCGGGAACUUAGACUGGCAAGAACUUGGGACACAGCUGUCAGAAGUGAACUUUACCUGUUCCCAGGUCUUCAAGUUGCCAGGAGCUGCUGCCUCAACUGAGAAUGGCAUCUCUCCAGGUGGCUGUGAGUACCAGCUUGUCUCCACAGUGAUGUCUCACAUACUUGAAGAAGGACAAAAGUCUCUGGAGCAAGUGUUGUAUUGGAAAAUCUUCUUAGGAAUCAUCAGGAAGACAUGUGAAUUGGCUCAAUAUGUGAACAUGCAUGAAAGUUUCCAGAAUAGUCCGCCACCUUUCUCUGAGGACUUUCCUUGUUAUACACAAAAUAUGGAUUGGAAAGCCAUUAUUGAUAAUUAUUUUGUAUUUUUCAAUAACAUUUUGAAGUCUCCAAUAACUUCCAUAGCCAGGGUCUUAAAUUUCACAAAGCACCUUUUAGUGGUGGACAAGAAGAUGCAUGCCCUUGAAAACGGACAGAUGAGCAUUCUUUUGUCACUUGUGGAGUUUCUGGAGGAAUUUUUGUUAUUUGAUCCUUCUGGCUCACUCACUACUCCUGAAUUUCAUAAUCUCUCUUCUCUCAGUGAGCUUUUAUUGAAUAGAAGCAUUCCAUGGAUAAAUCAUUUAAAAAGUUUAGAGAGAGACCCACAUGAUGGUGAUGCUCAGAACCUUCUGGAAAUUCAGAAACUGGUUAUUGAAAAAAUUCAAAAUAUUAAAAAUCAUUGGAUGAGAAGGGAAUCCAAAAUUUUGAGAUUCAUUGAAUUAAUACUUCUUGAAAUUAAUCCAGAGCUGCCAGGAUUCUGGCUCAAUGGCACUUCACAAGAAGGAAGAGCUAAAUUUAAAAUCUCAUCCACAUUUGGAAAUUUUUCUGUUCCAGAAUAUGGAAAAAUUCUUAGCAGAAGCUUUAAUUUCUCCCAGUUUUUCCAUUCUGAUUGGUUCAAAUCACGAGCUGUGAACACAGACUUUAUACAUUUAAGCAGGACUAUGAUACACGGUCUCUAUGAAUUUAGCUUUCUGACACAGGAACAAGUCUCAAUAGCUCUGGACACCAUCUAUGCUCUUCAGAACGUGUCUGAGAUUUUCUCAGCCCUUUCUGAACCCCAGAAACAAGAACUGGAUGACAUUUUGACUCAUAUAAAUGUCUUCCAAGACAGAGAUGCAGCUCUCCUUCUGAAGACCUAUUCUUCACUGUAUCAAUAUUUUCAUAAAUUCUUGAACAUUCAGAACAGAGAGUCCCAGAUAAAUUAUCUUACUCACAUCUCUAGACACAUUUUGGAUCUCAUAAAGCAGUUUAAUAUCCAAAACAUCAGUAAAGCACUUUUGCUUUUAUCGGAGACAACAGAGGCUCUUGGGACAAUACCAGAAAUAUCUUACUGUCAGCAAUUGCUUUCAAUUUUAAAUUUUUUAGAGCUUCAAGCCCAGUCUCUGAUGUCUACUGAGGGCCUGGAACCAGGAGUGAUUCAUGCUAGCUUGACAGGCCUCAAGCAGCUGUUUGCAGCAGAUGAAGGCUUUCGUGUUUCUUUACUUCAGUAUGUCAAUCAGUUCUUCAAUGGUUCAGCAGGGACCCUACUGCCGAGUGAAUGUAUCAUUCUGGAAAAUGCAACCAUUUCUUCUGUGAAUUACUCAGGAAAUGAGGGAGCUUCACUCCCUUUCCUGUGGACACAAUUGUUUUCAAACCUCUCAGUAAAUGGCAGUGUGAUCAGUGAAUUCAUGGCCAUUCACUGCACCCUUUCAUGGAUUCAGACAUGGACUGAGAUCUGGGGAAACAUUUCUCAAAUAUUUAAACUUGACCUGAAUAUUUUCACUUCUCUUCAUGUUGGUAUCACUCAGCUUUUGGAUGAACUGGAAAAUGAUGGGAACAUUUCUAAAAACUGCCAAGGAAUAGUUCCCACUUAUCAUACUGCUAGACUCAUAUUAAAUUUAUUUAAAAAUAUAACCCAGGAGAAUGGCUUUCAUGACUGGGAUGGCCUCCAGGACCUCAGGGAUCUUUGGGUCUCAUUAGGUAAUGAAUUAGUUGCAGUGCAAUCACUUAACCUGGACCAAGCAGAGAAAUCUUUUGUCACCAUGGAAACCUCUCUGCGCCAGCUGAAGACAUUUUCAAUAAAAACAAAUGCAAGCGGGGCGUUUUUAUAUCCCCUCUUUGAUGUUUUCAUUGAGUUGAGCAAAGCCUCAGACUUUGUGGAUAGAAAUGUAGAUCUGAUCAAUAACUUUCUUUCCAGUGAUCUCUCAGAACAUAAAGGCAAAUUUGCAAGUGGCAUCACUAAAAUGAGAGAAACAAUAUUACUUCUUAGGAAUGUGUCCCAGGACAGAAGUUUAUUGUCAUGUGCUGAUGUUUUACAGAGUGUCACUGAGUUGACUUCCAAAGAUAAUCUAUUACCUGUGAACACUUCUAAGAAGCCAGCACAUAUUCUGGCCAUGUUAAGUUCCAUAUUUUCAUUGAAGAACACGAGUACCAGCCUGGAAGGGUGUAUGGCAUGGGCAGAUGUCAUAAACCGUCUGUGUAUGAUGUUUAACUCAAGUUCCUCACCCAGCCAUUUUCACGGCACUUUGAGAAGUUUUAAGGAUAUAGAAAACAAAAUGAACUCUGCAUUGAAAAUUCUAACUUGGGCACUAAAUAAGAAGAUACCUAUUUGCCCAUUAAAUGAGUCACAUAUAAAUUGUGUGACUAUUUACCUGAAAGACAUAACUGAAUUUCUAAAUAUUAUAGUUACUACAGGCUUAGGAAAAGAGAAGGUCCAUGAAUUUGAGAGCUUAUUAGCUCUCUUCAAUAAUUUUACAAAACAGGUAAAUAUGAUCAUCAUCAAUUUAACAAGAGACUUUGAUUUUGCCUCCCAAUCAGAUUGGAAGCACAUCAAGGACUUAUUUCUGAGACCCGGAGGAAUGUCAGAUGACAUUACUGAUUGGUUUCAGAAUAUUUGGCAGCACAUCAUAGCAUUGGGGAACGAAAUGCAGAAACUUUUUAAAGGUAUUUUCCAUAGUGUCCUAGGAAAUAAUUCCUCUUCUGACACUGAAGCAGUGUUUAGUGUAUUCUCUACAAGUCCAAAGGAAAGAGAUAUAAGCCGUUUAGGCAAUUCCAUUUACCACUUAGCUAAUUACUUUGCUCUCAACUUAACUCAUGAUCUUCAGAAUUCAUCCGAAAUAGUCCCGAAUGAAAUACUGAAAGCUGUGGUUCUCGGUAUUCAACUGACACGGGAUGUGUUCAACUCCUUAAUGCCUGCAAUCCAUUUCAAUAUUCCACAAAGUUCAGAUCAUGCUCAAGUUUUAAAGAAAAUGACAUCUCUCAUGCAUUCUCUCAAGAAGGCAGACAUAGAACUCUUAGUAGGACAGCUGGGUCAAAUUGGUGAAAACUUAAUGAGUUUCUUUAAGAAUCUCAGCAGGUCAGGGGUCGACAAUUUAGGGGUCCAUGUGCUUGUUGGCUUAGUGAAAACGUUUGUAGACAGCUCACAUUCAUGGAACGUUAAUCACCUGCUGCGCUUCUCCCGUCUGCUUCCCAAAGAAGUGGUGAACACUGUGCUGGAUGUAUAUUAUGCUCUUCCCCAUAUUGUGGGGCUCCUGCAGAGGGUCACAGAGAAAAACAUUACAGAGAGCCUCAGGGACAUCUAUAACUUCACACUUCUUCAUGGAAUAACCAUGUUCAAUACCACCAAGGAAGACUUUGCUGAUGUGAUUAAAACUCUUUUGGAUACAGUUGAGUUAGUAUCUGAUGAGCCAGCUGUUAUUUCUGAGGCUUUAAUGUGCCUUCCUAGGGUUUGGUGCUUGAACCACACAACUUCUAGGCUUGAGAAAAACCCUGAGGUAGAACAUUGCAAUGUCCAGGGGCACAUGUCUUCUUCCUUUUACCACAUGGUGACCAGUAUACUGGAUCUUCUUCAUCUGCCACACCCAACUGAUUCCCAGUGCAUAAAUGAAAACUCUGGAGUAGAAAUAACCAGAAAAGUGGUCUGUGUGACGCAUGAGUUUGCAGACUGGAGUUCCAUUCUCUCGGAGCUGUUGGAAAUUUUCCAUGUUAAAAAUGUACUCGUGAAAUCUCUGCAGGGACUUUGGCAUAAGGUGUUGCCCUUCAUGUCACCUUCUGGGAAUCAAGUCAAUGGCAGUAUCCCAGAACUCUGUCCUAGUAGUACCAUAAAGCAAGGUGCUUUGCAAGUCAUAGAAAAACUAAAAUAUGCAAAUUUUACCAAAUUUCUACUUCAUGAAAACAUUCUGAACAAGCUAGGUAACUUAGACAAGAUCCUUAACAUUACUGAAGACAUAGAGAUAUCUGCCCAAAAUAACGGUUUCUUAAACUUGGAAAGGAUCUUCAAAUUGAUUUCUGCUGUUUGGACUUUAAGAAACAGUACUUACUAUCUACUCUCAGAAAUUACAAACUUUCUGAAUGUAAAUCAUACAGAUAGGCACCCAGACUCACUAUCAAGUUUAAUUAAAAAUGAUACAUCAACUUACAACUUUGAAGAACUGUGGUUUGACUUUAAGCAAAACACCAAAGACCCUACCAAUAACUCGAGUCUAGGACAAUUACUUUCUGAUAUUAACAAGAAGAUCCAAAUCAUAGCUCUUCAAAACACAACUGUUCAACUUCCUCAGCUUCUGGAAAUCCUGGGUUUAUCACCAUUGAAGAUGUCAGAAAUAACUGAAGGCUUUUCAUUUCUCCUAAAACAUUGGCUCCAUGAGUAUGAAAAUGAAGAUUACUUUAGGUUGAUUCAAAGACUACUAAAUGCCAUGGCCAGUGGGAAUUCAACUGAUGUAACUAGGUUGGCCAGGGAUCUUACUACAUAUUUGGGCUAUCUCAGAAACAGUAGUGAAGGCAAUUUGGAUGUUGGCAUUCUCACUCAUAUGUUAAAUCAAGAGCAGCUAACUGGCUUCUCAACUCUUCAGUUGCUUCUUGAAAGCAUUGUGAUGAAUUUAGUUAGUUACUUUGUUGAGAAUUCUCAGGAACCAGCUCUGAGUUUCAAUGGAUUUCAAAUAAUGGAUUUCAUGACUCUUGUCUUGAAUCACACACAGUCCAAAAAUGGUGGAGAAACUGCAGGAAGCACAGAGGGUUUCCUGAAGCAGCUUUUGGAGACAUUCUUCUCUUUGCUAAAUGGAAUGCCUGAAAAUAAAAUAUCACUUCUGCUAAAAGACUUGCAUAGGGAUUUCAUUGCAGAGAUGAGUUUUGUCCCCAGAGAUAAAAUUCUUGAAAUUCUGAAACUGGAUCCAUUCCUUACCUGGGUGAAUGAGGACCAAUUGAUGAACAUUUUCUCAAGUUUUACGUCUGUGUAUUAUCUGAUUAAGAACAUAUUUUCAUUAGACAACAGAGAACUCUCUGGAGUCCUGAAAGGUUUAACUUACAUCCAUCCAAGGGAGCCCAUGGUGAACACUGACGCUGAAGACCACUUGGAUUUCUUUACCGUAGUGACUCAGUUUCUUUCCCAGGUCAAUAAUUCUGAGGACCUGUCCAAAUUCAACCAAAAUCUCAGGUCUGUUCUCCACCUUGUAAGAGAAAGUUCUGCAGAAAUGGCUAAUAUCAGGGAUAUUCUCUUACACUCACCUACUCAGGCCUGCCACUCCUCCUCUUCUGUGCUCCAACACACUGCAAUUGCUAAACUAACUGACUUGUUUUCUGUUGUAAAUAGUUCAUUCCCUCUAAGAAACAGAGAUGCUCUAGAAUCAACUAUGAGGUUAUUUGGUGCCAUUUCCCGAGUUGGUGCAGAAAGUCAUGUCCUGGAGCCUGCCUUAGAAAUAUCUAGAACUCUGACUAUGCUGGUGAAUAACACUGCUGAACUUGGUGGUCUUGCCUCAUCAGUGGAUUCCAUGGUCAGAUUUCUCAGUUUAGCUAAAAAGGUUUCAAGAAAGAUGGCUAUGAUGUUGGGAGCUCUCUCCAUCUCUAGUACAAAGGACUCUGGGAAAUUCUUUGACACUUUGUAUUCCUUCAUGCUACAAAGUUUUCAAUAUCAUGUGAAGCAAAUAACUACUUUGAAAAAAGUAAAACCUUUCAUAUUUGAAAAGACAAAGGAUUUGUUGGUGCCAUUUCUUGACCUGGCCUUCUGGAUGAUUGGAGUCACACCUAAUAUAUCACAGGACUCUGAUGUUUUUAACAUGUCAUCUAGCAUACUUUCAUAUGUCAACCAGUCCAAAGACUUUUCUGAGAUUUUGGAAGAAAUGACUGAAAAUUUAACUUCUGCAAAAAUUGGUUGGAGAGAUUUGGAGCAUCUUGUUGUGGUGAUUAAAAACAGGACUCAAAAUUUUUCUGCUGAUGCUAUUAACUUAUGGGAAGAGAUUCUAGACUGCUUAGUUCCUAUAAGUAACAUCACUACCCAAAUGGACUUCUUGAAGUUUUAUGAGCUUUCUCCUACCAAUUGUCCUCAGGUCCUGAGUUACGAGGGAAGUCACAAAGCAAUCCGAUUUUUGGAUGGAAUGCUAAUUGAUAACAGCACAGAAAGAGAGACUUUCUCGAAAAUGGUGAUUGAUCUCACCUUACAAGCUCUUUGGAAUGGGUUAAAGGAAGAUAACUGGGAUAUUUUUAAUCUCCUGUUGACAUUUGCCCAGCACCCAGAUGACCUUUUAAAAACCAUAGAAUCAGUUGUAGAGGUCUCUAGUGGAAUUAAUAGUGACUAUGGAGAUGGUUUAAGCCAAGAUUUAUUUUCCAAUUUGUCAUUGCUUCAGAACACCACUCGCUAUCAGCUUGCAAAGACAGUCUUGAUUGGUCUCAGCAGAAUGGUCCCCUCCAGGGAAGGGCGGCCUCCAAACAAUGCUCAGUGGAUACAUUUCACACAUACUUUGUUUCACCCACAUAGCAACAGCUUUCCUAAUUCAGCCACUGGUCAGAAUGUUACAUCAGGAAAGGAUGGGAGGACCAAGGAAGAAAUGAUGGCACUUCCUCCUGGCUCCCAACCAACGUCAUACUUCCAGAAAUUCCUGAAGGCAUUAUUUGUAUUGAUUGGACACUGGCAGAGAGUCCCACAAGCUGAUCAAAGUGUUUUGGAGAUGUGUCAAGUUUUCCUGCAGCUGGAGAAGCCCUCGGAAGCUGUGGAGAUGCUGCACAGAGUGGAGAUGAUGGCUUUGCAUGUGCUCAUCAUCUUUGCAGAAAACCCUUCCCUGACUAAGGACCUUCUGUGUGCUAUUCUGAGUUGCAAGGGAGGUGGGACGAGGCACCUGAUCUUAUCUACUAUGCAAGGAGUCACUUUGGCACAUCACCACUACCAGGAAAUUGGAAAGAUAUGGUCCUCACCGGACCAGCUGGACUGUGAACAUCUUAGCAGGAGUCUAUCCAGUGCGUUGGAAGGCUUCAAAAGAAGCUUGGAAAAUGCUUCUAGCCAGGGCUGCACAUGCCAGCCCCUGGUGGGAACACUUCAACAGCACAUGCACAGGUUGAUCAACAGUCUCAAGGAGACAUGGAUGACAAAGAUUCCUGUUAUGAUGUUUCUUAGCAAUUUUACAGUCACAGAGGAUGUCAAAAUAAAGGAUUUGACGAAGAAUGUCACCAAAUUAACCGAGGACCUCCGCUCCUCCUUCCCCAUCUCCGAUGAGACCAUCCACAGUAUCUUAGAAGCCACCAUUUCCCAUUCAAAGGUUCUCUCCAGUGUCCUCACUGUAGCUUUGUCUGGAAAGUGUGAUGAAGAAAUUCUUCAUCUCCUGCUGACAUUUCCCGAGAGUGAGAAAUCCUGGUUUGUUACAAGGGAACUCUGCAGCCUGCCUGGGUCUCAAGUGUUCUCUCUGCUCAUGGUGAUGGGCCAGAACCUGAACCUGAGGAACCUCAUUUACAAAACUCUGAUACCCUCUGAAGAAAAUGGCUUGCUCAACUCCCUGUUGGAUGUCAUUUCCAGCCUCAGCUCCAUCCUUGCCAGAGCCCAGCAUGUCCUUGAACAUCUCCCUGAAUUUCUUCACAUGUUUAAAAUCACCGCCUUGCUAGACAUGCCAGACUUCCAGCAGGUUUCACAGAAAGACCAAGCCAGAAGUUCGUCUUUGGCUUCUUUCCAGUCUGUGAUGAAGCUCCUCUGUAAGGACCAGGACUCUUUCCUCAGCAACUCGAACAUGUUCGUUAAUUUACCUAGAGUCAAUGAGCUCUUGGAGGAUGACAAAGAGAAGUUCAAUAUUCCUCACGACUCAACACCAUUUUGUUUGAAGCUUUAUCAGGAAAUUCUACAGUCUCCAAAUGGUGCACUGGUAUGGUCUUUCUUAAAACCUAUAUUACAUGGAAAAAUACUGUAUACACCAAGCUCUCCAGAGAUCAAUGAGGUCAUUCAAAAGGCUAAUUACACUUUUUACUUUGUGGAUAAGAUAAAAACCUUAUCAGAAACACUUCUGAAGAUGUCCAGCCUUUUCCAGGGAAGUGGAAAUGGCCAAAUGUUCAACCAGUUGCAGGAUGCCCUGAGAAACAAAUUCAUAAGAAAUUUUGUAGAGAGCCAGUUGAAUAUUGACAUGGACAAACUUACUGAAGAUCUUCACACAUAUGGACAGACACUGGACAAGAUGUUUAAUCAUGUGGGGGCUGGACGCUUCCAGUUCUUGGGUGGUAUCUUGGCUAAUCUCUCUUCCUGUGUGGUGUUGGACCGAUUCCAGGCAGUGGAGGCUGUUGACACCCUGGAGACGAAGGCACAUGAACUAAUGCAGCAGAAUAGUUUCUUGGCCA